AUGAUAGCUUACAAGAACCGCUUCUCGUGCCCAGCGGCGUCGGGCCGGCGCGCCGGUGCACACUGGCUUGCAAUCGCAGUGGUGCUUACGACAGACAUGCUCGGCGUCGGCACGCUGGGCCUGCCCGCCGACUUUGCGCGGCUGGGCUGGCUCCCAGCACUGCUGACGAUGGCGCUCUUCAUCGGCGGCGGCGUCUACAGCGGCAGCAUAUACCAGCGCCUGGCCCUGCGCGUGCCGGACGCCGUCGUCUUUGACCAGAUCGGAUCCGCGGCCAUGGGCAACCUCGGCCGCGGCCUCAUGCUCUACGGCUAUGAGGUGUCUGGCCUGGUGGCCCACGCACUCGUAGUCAUCCUCAUCCUGCCCCUCGCUCAGAUGCACCAUCUUGAGGAUGUCGCGAUCGUUGGGAUCUUCGGGACCCUGGCUAUGCUGGUCGCUAUCGCGGUGGUGGUGGGGAAGCUUCUAGCCACCUACCUGGCCGCCGGCGGCGCGCCCCCCGCGCCCACCGAGCUCGUCGCAGGCGGGUCGUUUUACGUGGCCAUGGUUGGAGUGGUCGACAUCGCGUUCAGCUUCGGGGGCCAGAUCAAGUAA